CUGAAGAAGAGGAAACAUCUUCUCAAGAAACCCCUCAAUUCCGCCUCUGCCGAGAAGAGCAACAAAACCAAAGGCCAACGGGAAUGAAGCUAUACAAGAUACAGGCAAACAGAAGCAGGACAGAUCUGAUCUGAUUUACCACUCCUCCGGCAUGAAUGGGACAGCCAUUGAAAAUUUUGUCUGUGUCAUUUUUAACGUUUCCUUCAUGAACUGCACUUGGCACGUGGACAGGACUGCUUCAAGAGAUACCCAAUAUUUCCUGUACUGGAAGACCUCAAGGAAAGAAGAUUUCACAGGAUGCCAGAAUUACGUCAAAGAUAAUUGUGGAAGGCACACAGGAUGUAAAUUCCAAAAUGUGACAAUAGAGAAUAAGAGAGCUUAUUUCCUGGUAAAUGAGUCUAGAAAUGGACAAAACAUUCAGCCGUAUACGGAGAUGAUUAUUCUGUACACAAUUGAAAAACUCACACCUCCAUUAAAUGUCACUGUGAACUGUACAGAAGCUUCUCAUGGUUGUGAAAUUCAGUGGCAACCACCUCGCACAAGUCACGUGAAAAAACGUGCUUGUUUCAAAUAUCAAAUUGCCAUAGAAAACAAGGCUGAUCCCGAGAAAAGCAUCAAACCCGCAUCUAAAAUAGAAAGAAACAUCACAGGCAACUCCUACACAUUUGGGAGCUUCAGUGCAGGAAAAAGGUACAGCGUCAAAAUCAGAGCAACUGACAAUGGUUGUUUAGUGAGCACAAGCUGGGGAGAGUGGAGUACACCCGUAGAGUUUGGAGGAGAACAGCUUGCAUCCAUUUCAUCAUAUACAUUAUUUCUGAUACCAUCACUGGCAGCUUGCAGUCUUGCAUUUUUUCUCUGCAGAGUAAGCAUUUAUCUGAAAAAAACAUCUGCUACAAUACCACAGCCAAGAGACCCAUUCCAUGAGAUAUCUCCAAUGGAUUUCCAGACAGAAUAUAAGAAACAAUUAAUAACACAUGAAACUGAAGAAAUAAUAACAAUUGAAGAAGUGGCAUAAUGGCAUGCAAGAGAAAAAAGCAACUUGAAUUUUUUCGAAUGUGUAUUUUGUUGGCAGUAAUUUACAGGUUUUUCAUAUUCUCUCCCUCUUGCAAGCAGAGAAAAUAGCAUUGCCUACAGAGACAAUUCCCCAAGAGCCUAUCUUCGAAAGCCUCUUUGUAUUUGAUUGCAUUUUCCAUAAAUAAUUUGAGUUGUUUGGACUGGUUUUGUUUCUUCUUAUGAUUAUUAUUCUUGCAAAGUUUCAGCAAAAAUAUUUAAGUAAUGCUU